UAUCGACGUCUUCUGAGUUCUACGUUAUCAAGAAAGUGCAUAAGAGAACAGCUGAUUUCGCAACGCGAUCGAUUCAGCGGAAAAGCAGCAGGUCGCGUACCAAGGACAGAUAAGAAUGGAUCGAUUUCGUCAUCGUCGACGAUGGGCACGUGUUCCUUCAACACAAAGACUGUCAGUCUCAGAUCUCAGUCAUCGUCGGCGUCGCGUCACAGCAGGACACACGCGCUCCAGAUGCACCGAUCCGUAUCGCGGCGACACACACAACGCUGCGAUCUGUCAAAGUUGCAGCGAGCGCGUUCGUCAACGAGCGUUGCAACUUAGUGCUCGUUCGGUUUUUUGUUCUCGGUAACGUUGCGGAAGGAGCAUAUCGAAAAUGCGCAUAAUAUUCGUAAAAUUUCGCGAGAUCACGCAGAAAUAUCCGAUUGUUCGAGGCAUGGCAUCCUACUCGGUUAUAUGGCCAACCGCGUGCCUGUUGCAACAAAAAAUAAUGGGCAAAGAAGAAUUUAAUUACGCGGAAGUUGUGCGGUUUAGUUUGUAUGGUAGCUUUUACGUAGCACCUACAUUGUACUGCUGGUUGAAAUGCGCGUCUUAUCUUUGGCCGAAAGCAAAUUUAAAGUCUGCAAUCACUAAGGCUUUGGUUGAGCAAGUUACAUAUACCCCUGCAGCUAUGUGUUCCUUCUUCUUUGGCAUGAGUUUUCUUGAAUUAAAGCCAGUUUCGGAAUGUAUUGAGGAGGUCAAAAUUAAAUUCUGGCCAACAUACAGGGUUGCCAUUUGCAUAUGGCCAAUUUUGCAAACUAUCAAUUUCACCCUGAUCCCAGAGCGGAAUCGCGUUGUGUAUGUCAGUGUAUGCAGUUUGAUUUGGACUUGUUUCCUUGCAUAUAUGAAAUCUUUUGAAGCCAAGCGGAAGCAGAAGGAACUAGACAUUAAUCCUAAGAUUAUGUUAGAGAAUAAAUCUAACGAAAGAUCCAGCCAUAUGCAGAUUCCUCUAUUACGAUGAAAGUUUUAGGAUAUUUGACAUGCUAUUAGACUAAUUUAUUUGUACAUAAUUUAGGAGGACUUAUACAUAUUUAAUUGAGGAAGCCUUAUACAUAUUUAUAUUUUAUUACUAUAUGACAUGGUAUCUGUGAUAUUCACAGUACAAAAGUAUUACCUACGUUUGCAGUAUGUCUAAUAUAAUAGUCUGCAAAUAUUAGUACAUUUCAUUUAAAUUAAAACCAAAUAUGAAAGUAUGUAUUCUUAGAAAUUAUAAAAACCAAAUGUGAAAGUAUGUAUUCUUAGAAAUUAUAAAAAUAUAAUGUGAUUGACAAUAAUGUUAGACAUUUGACACAAAUUGUUGAUAAUAUAAAAUAAUAUAGAAUAAAAUUAUA